AGAGAAUGGACUAUACCCCCUUUUCUGAACUCGACAACAUCAGCGCCUCUGCCUAUGCACGUCUUCUCCUUUACCGCCAGAUGUGUAGCGAGGUGGCCACUGCUCUGUGUUAUACUUUCCGGUGGAUCGAUAUCACGGACCGAUAUGUCUGGAUCGACUGUCCAAGCUGUGAAAAGGAUUCUUCAACCAAGCGUUUCAUGUUCCACAGUCAAGUUCCAGUUCGGUGCUGGUGGGUUCAGAGCAUGAAUCGCUCUGCGAAGCUACUGCAGAAUAGGCCCAGCGGCAAGGUGAUCUCUUCACAGGGAUGGUACCAGCAAGCCUUGAAGGAAGCUGCUGCGUGCCCCAUCUGCAUAGCUCGAGCUGUGGAUGAGCUUCCAGUUUUCGCUAAAAAGUUCGCAGAUAAAGUAGACGAAGUUGUGGCUGAGGUUCAGCUCGAGCUAAAGUGACGAAAGCUGAGUAGCCGGAUGGCAUGGCAUGGCGUGGCGUGGCUG